AUGCCCGUGAACAUUUUACGACCUUUUUCCUCUCCUUCCCUGAGAAGAGAUCGGGAUACCAUAAUGUUGGAAACUGAUGGUGCCAGCAAAUGCGCCGAAAUAUUUGUUACAAAUAAUGCCGACAAAUGGACAUUUUUCUGUAACUAUUGUCAAAUGGCUGCCAAUGAUAUAGGAGUUUUCAUAUGUCACAUUAGAUUGGAACAUUUAAAUGUACGGCCAGAUUCUGCCAGACCAAGCAAUAAGUCUAUUAACAAUACAAAUCCCAAACGACCUGAGGAAAUAUCUACAAAUUCUCAACAGCAGUCAGCUUUAAGUGACAUUAUUAAAGAAGAAUCAACUAUUGGCAGCAAUCAAGAGGAUUUACAAGCCAUUUCGCUGACCGAAAAUAAUGAAUCAAUGAAUCUCAUUGCUUGUAAGAAUUCCACACAAACAUCUCAAGAUCCUGGGCCAGAAAUGAACCAUUCCGUUUUUACAAUAAUACCAAUAGAUAGACAACAAACUCAAAAACAAUUAAGGUCUGAGUCUAAUGCAGAAGCAAUCACUGAAUUCGAAAAGGAUGAUGAAAUAUAUGAUGAUCUUGAUUUCGAUAAUGAUGAUGCAGAUGAUGAUGAUGACAUGGAUUCUGAAAGUAACGAUGACAAUGAAGCCAGUGGUAGUAAGAUGAAAGUAAUGAGAAAGAGCAAAUCCCUAGCGGUAGACAGUGACAUAUCGCCCGUCAAGUGUCCAUAUUGUACUAUUGUAUUCAAAACUAAACAUAGCGCUGCCGGUCAUAUACUACGUAACCAUGACAAAGAAUUACCCAUAAAAUGUGAAAAGUGCCAAAGAGGUUUUCUCUCCACAAAUGGUUUAAAAAUACACAUAAAAUACCAUGAUGCAAAUAAUCAUAAAGAGUGUCCGGUGUGUAAAACAGAACAUUUAAAAGUCUACUUUAUUACACAUGUUCUGACGCACGAAGGCGACAAGUGCUUUCCUUGUCAGGUCUGUGGCGAAAUAUAUACCAGCUAUUACGAACGUCUAAAACAUUGGAAUACCCAUGCCAAAGAGAAACCGUUUGCUUGCAGUAUUUGUUAUAGGCGCUAUAGUAAACUACAGUAUCUAAGGCGUCAUUUGAAAAGCCACAAUCAAUAUGAAUGUAAUUUCUGUUCAUUAAAAUUUAAUUCAUCUAAAGCUCAACGAUAUCCUUAUGUCUGUACGGAAUGUGAAGAAUUGCCUGAUAUAAAACAGAAGAUAGAUCAUUUAAAUUCAUUGCUUAAUCACAAUGAUGCACUCGAUUUGGAAAAGAAUGUUAAUAUAACAUCAAAUCCUGUAGACGAAUCUGUUGUAAACCAAGAUACACCAGAUAAGCAACCCUUAACACAAGAAGCCUUCGCAGAAAUUAAACUAAAACCGCACAGCUACAGUUCUUUUGUCGAUGACGACAAUAAUGGCUCAUAUACGAAUUUAUCUUAUGAUAAGUAUCACAGCGACAAUGAUGAUGUUUUAAAUGAAUAUGACUCAAAUUUAGCAGGUACUGAUGAUACACUUGAUAAAACCCAACAAUCAACAGUCCACAAAAAUGCAGAAUUCUUGCCAAAGAAGAAACGUAAAUAUAUCAAAAAAAAGUUAAACUCUGAAAAGCUCUUAAAAAUCCGCAUGAAUCAUAUUGGUUUUAAAUACAAGUGUCCGCAAUGCCAACGAGAAUUCCAAUCCAGAUCGACCCUAUGUCAGCACGUAAAAGCCCAUGAUAAAAAGAAUCUACUGAAAUGUCCUGUGUGUCCAAGCCGCAAAUUCGGCGAAGGUUUAUUUAUUGCUCAUGUCAUGUCACACGAAAAUGACACAUGCUUUCCCUGUCAGGUGUGUGGUAAAAUAUUUGAAUUCAAUGAGGAACGUAUCACACAUUGGAAAACUCACAUCAAGGAAAGGCCAUACGAUUGUAAAAUUUGUUAUCGCCGUUUUGCCCAAAAACCUAUACUCACGCGUCACAUGAAAUCUCAUAAGCAAUAAUGUGUUCAGAUUUCAUUUCAAUUGAUCGAAAUUUGAAUAGUUGGGCGAUAUAAAAAUAGAAGGAUUUAAAACUCAACUUAGGCAUCAUGGUGAAAUUCCAACAUUGAAAUCUUGGGUGUCACUUUUGAUAGUCCACUGCAAUCACGCAUAAACUGCGAUAUAGGAAGAAGGUCCUCAAGGCACUAGCCGGCAGCAAUUGGGGUAUGGACAAAAAAAACUUUGUUUUGUAGUUAACCUACAAAACGAUUGGUCUGUCAGUGGUCAACUAUGCUGCUCCUGUGUGGUCGCCUUCAUUGAGUGAUACUCAGUGGAGAAAUAUUCACAGCUGUCAAAAUGCAGCCUUAAGGACCGUCACAGUCUGUCUUCAAAUUACCUCCGAACACUAAUUUGACAAGGAAACUAAGGUUCUACCAUCAACGUUAUGUUGACGCAACAGUUACUUUUGGAAUGUCAUCCAUACUUCGACAUCACACAGUUGGAGUCUCCCUCGAGACAUGUCAGACAAGACCUACGUAAAUUCGAGGAGAGCAUACACAGAGGUAUGUACAGAACACAUUUGAUCGCAGCUCGUAUAUGACAGCUUUGAACGACAUUCAUAGAGACGCCACCAAUUCCGCUGUAACAGGAUACCAUAAGAAUGUGCUUAAUGCCUUUUGGUUCCAUAUAGACCGUGCCGUCCUCAACUAAUGCCCAGAAUGUGGUCAUCCAGUCGAAAUAGCACAAUUCCUUGGACUUGAACAUGCAGAACCCUCUAAUUAAAUAUUGUAAAAUUGUUUAUGCUGCUACAACAACAUCACUUUGGACCGACAGAAUGGCGUUUAUAAGGCCAUAUACCAGAAAUUAUUUUUAGACAUUAAAUGCUAUGAAAUUUGUGAGCUAAAAAGCCAUAAUUUCAGUAUUUCCAUUGAA